CUCACAUGUAACAAAAUCGUGUGUGUUAUAUCCACUUUUGAGAGACGCCAUGCCGAAAAAAACAUGAUAUUGUUAAAAUGUUCGUUUGAAGAAGAACGCCGACCAAGCAACAGCUGGUGUAUUUGAACAGUCGUGUAAGACUAGUAGGUACAAACUAUGGCAAACAACAGCUGGUGUACUUGAAACAAUAACACACCGUUGUUGGACUGCGGUUAGUGGUGUAUGCGCCGACAAAACUUGUUCGAAUAAAAGUACAUAUUUACACGGAUAAAGUUUAACGCUAAAACACGCCGACUGUUUGUGAAGUUCGAAACAAAACAGUGUAGUACGUUGCAAGUAAAUGCAAGACAAUAAACGGUCACUGCGCUAACGACGGUAGUUUUUAAUCUAUUAUAGUGUUUCAAACAAGUGGCGGGAUUCUUUGAGAAAAAUGUAUUUAAACGUACUGUGUUCGUUGGCGUUAGUAAUGGUGUGCGGUUAUCGGUGUUGCGUUACGGAUAUGGACAGGGAAACGUUUUUGAAAGAGAUUUUCGCGCUGUUGGCCAAUUCCGGUUGGAAAAACAUUACCCACGUGGAAACCAAAUUGAAUCCGAACGUCGACCGAUACUACACGGUAUACGAAUUGCUGGACGAGUCCGACGACAUGGCCGACGUCCAAGAGAAAUACCUGUUGACCGUGGAUUUGCUCGGUUGUGUGUACAUGGACGCGCUGUUGAAAUACCUGAACCUGCUGGCGCACGGUUUGACCUGUUGCCGGCAAGCUUUGGACGCCGCCGACGUGCCCCGGUUCAAAGGGUGCAUAAUGAGCACGGUGCGCCAAAUCAAAUACUCGGCGGCUCACCUGAAGCGGCUGUACGCGGCCGUGGACUACCUGAGGCUGGUGAACCACAAACGAGUGGUGCCCGUGUCCGGAGAACUGCCCACUUACCUGCGGCAUCUGAGGAAUCUCCGUGAAAUUUCGGAGACCAAGUACAAGCUGAACGGGCUCGUCGACUUUUCGCACGCACAACGGGUGGGCGGAAUCGAAAUGUCCGACUGGGAAGACCAAAUGAACGCGUUGACCGAGUUCGUCGGGCAGGCUAAAUCGUCGUUGACCGAAGACGUCGACCGCAAGUGCAAACUCCACGAUAAGCGCGACAUGGACAUGGACGAACUGUGGCGGUUCUACAAAGUCGAAACGCCCAGGAGCCGACCGCCAAAUGCGGAUCCCGUAGGCGACGUCGAAACUCUGAUGAACGAGUUCUGGAAACAAGUCAAGUCCGCGUGCUUGAACGAUUUGGGUUUGACGUACCUGCACCAAAGAAGCGCCACGUUUGCCUCGUUCAAUGACAAUGCGAAAACCCGACAGCCCUGACGGACCCUUGCCGCAAAUGCACAUUUUUAAACAACACUAUUUAUGGUAAAUAUUAAUAUUGUGACGGUACUUUUAUUGCUAUUGGAAAAAAAACUGUACUCACCCAAUAAGAAUAUUGUGUCAAAUUGAAA